GCAAAGAGAGUAUAUUGCCCUUUGGGUUUGGAGGUGUCCGUGAAGUCUGGCUGUUACGUGUUUCUCCCACCUUUUAGAACGUGAACUCUGGUGAAUGGGGACCGUGCAUCUUUUCUAUAUGCCUGCAGUCUUCUGCUGAGGCACUGAACUCUGUUGCUCUGUUUGUUGUCUCUGAUCACGUGUGACUCUUAAGUCCAUGUUUUUUUUUUGGCGAUGCUCUACAAGGUGGUGUGUACCUCAUGUGAACGUACUGCAGCUUCUCAGGGAGAAGCACCAGGGAAAAUAUAACUAUCUCUGCAGGAGGCAGUGGUGGUGAAGAGUAAGAUGAGGAAGGAAAGCAACUGGCAUAAUUUUGUCUCAUGUAGCUGUUUAAUACAGCCUGUAUUUGAGGUGAUGCUGCUGUUCAAAUUCAUCAAGCCUUCAUCUCUGUGGGGAGUGGUGCCUCUGUCCUGACCCUUCAAAAUCCUUGGAGCUAUGGUCUCUGCGUAGCACCAGGCUUAACGUUUUUACAGGUGUUUAUUUCCUUCUCUCCCUUUCUCAACUUUCCCCUGCUCUGGUUCUGGGUUAGAAUAAAAACCUGUGCAAUUCUCAUGCCAGACAGCCUGGGAGUACUCUAGCGGUAGUAUGUGAUUGCUGGCUUUUUUUCCAGAGGAAACAUAUCUGACUGUGAGCGAUAUUCUGAUUGUUCUCAAAGUGAGACAUUUCAGAAUUUGACCUAAUCUUGGAAUAGGGUCUGUUUGCUCUGACCAGAGAUUUCCACAGCAGUGGCGUUAUAGAAGCCUGGCUGUCUGUCCUUUUAUACAGGCAAUUGGUGGGACCUGUGCAGCUGAUGAUAUAAUAUGCUCCCACACUGAAGCAGAUCCACGAGGUGAAGGAAAGUAGUGUUUAACAAAACUGAUUGAUUACUUUCUUAUGAUAGCUAAUUGUUAUUUUAGACUUACCUCCCUUCUAGCUGUGGUACUGCAAAUAGAUUUUAAUACCGUCUCUGUGUUCAUCCAUCAUAAUGAGAAUUAUCUUUCACGGAUGGUUAUGUGCAUGAAAAUUUGUCUGCAUAUAUUGAUUGUUAAUGAAUCAGCUUAAUGACUUCUAUACAGAAGACAAGAAAGUAGCUGGAAAAACCUGGCAGUGGAAGAUGUACUUGGGCACAACACAGGCAACCUGCUCGUGGAUCUCAAGUGUUUAUAUAUUUAAUUAUAGAUUCUCAGCGCUGUGGGACAUGUUGCAGCUGUCUUCAUUCUGACUGAAUGGUCUUUCCCUCAUCUCUCUGGUGGUUUUGAAGAUACUGGACGAGACUGCAACAUUCUUGGAGCAUUGGUUGGAGAACAUGGGAUCUGGUAGUUCUGGAAAUGCCAACUACAAGUACUCCCUGCAGAAGUCUGAAAAUGCUUUCAAGGCAGCUGUCUUGAUCCAGCAGUGGUAUCGGCGCUAUGUUGCUCGCCUGGAAAUGCGCCGACGUUGCACCUGGAGAAUCUUUCAAUCAAUAGAGUAUGCUUGUGAGCAGGAUCAGAUCAAGCUUCACAACUUCUUCACUUACCUCAUGGAUCACUUCACACCAAGCAGCAGCAAAGAGAGGGAUUUUAUCAGUCGCAUGUUCAUUAGUGGGGAAAGCUUCAAAGAGGCAGAGCUGGAAAAGUACUGUGACUAUGAAUCCAUAGAGGUGCCAGACUCCUACACCGGACCCCAUCUCUCUUUCCCGCUCCUUCCUGACCAUGCGACUGCCUUGCUGGAAGCGUUCAAACAGAAACAACAGCUCCAUGCUCGCUAUGUCUUAAACCUCCUGCAUGAGACCAGGAAGCACCUCAAGCAGUUGCCAAACAUCAGCCAUGUCUCCACAUGCUACAGCGAGGAGGUCACCGUGUGUGGAGACCUGCAUGGCCAGCUGGAUGACUUGUUCCUCAUAUUUUAUAAGAAUGGCCUUCCUUCCCCUUCUAAGUCCUAUGUGUUCAACGGGGACUUUGUAGACAGAGGCAAACAGUCCCUUGAGAUCCUCAUCAUCCUCUUCACCUUCCUCUUGAUCUAUCCAAAGGAGGUUCACCUCAACCGUGGGAACCAUGAGGACCACAUGGUCAACUUACGGUAUGGGCUCUGUGUGGGGCUGGUUGCAAUGUCAAGGGUGUCACUGCGAAAUCCAACUGAAUUUCCUUUCUCCUGUUCCUUUAGCUAUGGUUUCACCAAGGAAGUAAUGCAUAAAUACAAGGUACAUGGGAAGAAAAUCUUGAAGAUGAUUCAGAACGUCUUUUGCUGGCUCCCCCUUGCCACCCUGAUUGAUCAGAAAGUCCUCAUUAUACAUGGGGGCAUCUCUGACACCACUGACCUGGAUGUGCUUGAGAAAAUUCAAAGGAACAAAUUUGUUUCUGUAUUGAGAGGGAAGAAAAGAAAGAAGUCAAACAGAAAUGUGGAAAUACAGGAAACAAACGAGGAGAGCAAAGCAGAGGCUGACCCAGCAGGGAAUGAGGCAGCUCACAGUUUACCUCCCUCACCCCAACCAGCCCAGGCUCCCGGAACGGCCAACAGGCGGGAGUUCUCCAGGUGGGUCCGGAAGACGGUGCAGGAGCAAAUUGAGUGGUGCCGCCGGCUGGUGGACAUCAGUGAGUCAGAGGAGGAGGAGCUCACCUAUGCCAGCAUGAUCUCCUUGACAGAUUUGGAUGGGCUGUGCCAGACUCGCCAGGAGGACUGGAAGCAGAUCUUAGACAUUCUCUGGAGUGACCCCAUGCCUCAGGAAGGCUGCAUAGUAAAUACGGUGCGAGGUGGUGGCUGCUACUUUGGGCCUGACGUGACAAGGAAGAUCCUUGAGAAAUACAACUUGCAGUUCCUCAUCCGCUCCCACGAGUGCAAGCAAGAAGGCUACGAGUUCUGUCACAACCGGAAGGUGCUGACCAUAUUUUCAGCCUCAAACUACUAUGAGAUUGGCAGCAACAGGGGAGCUUACGUGAAGCUGGGGCCAGACCUCGUCCCCCAUUUUGUUCAGUACCAAGCCAACAAGGCAGCCCAUACUCUCACUAUGACCCAAAGAAUCAGCAGAGUAGAGGAGUCAGCCUUUCGAGCCUUGCGGGAAAAGCUGUUUGCUCACACUUCAGCCCUCAUCAGCACGUUCAAGGCCUAUGAUACGGACAAUACGGGAAGGAUCACGCUGAGCAACUGGGCAACAGCAGUGGAGUCAGUCUUGCACCUGGGAUUGCCCUGGCGAAUGCUGAGGCCACAGCUGGUGAGCAGCACUGCAGAUGGCAUGCUGGAAUACAAGUCCUGGCUGGACGACUUGGCCAUGGAGCGGCGGAGCCAAGAGCACAUCCAGACAAGCUUGCUGGAAGUCAUUUAUCGAAACAGAUCCAACCUGGAGACUAUAUUCAGGAUCAUUGACAGAGACCAUUCAGGUCUCAUCUCAUUUGAGGAAUUCCACCAAACCUGGAAGCUGUUCAGCUCCCACAUGAACAUUGAACUCACGGAUGAUGGCAUCGACGACUUACUUCGCAGCAUUGAUUUCAAUAAGGAUGGAAACAUUGACUUCAAUGAGUUCCUAGAAGCCUUCCGCCUUGUCAAACAGUCACAGUAGUGAGAACCUGGUGUGGGUUGCCACCUUCAAUGCCUUGACUGCCCAUGAAGCCAGGACUGCCCCCCACCUAACCGCAGAGCGUGCCUGCAAAUGUGAAGUGGAGAAAGGCAAGGCAGAUACCUGGAGCACUUCGUGAUUGAAAACAGUCACUGCUAUAGCCAACAACAGUGAUCCAUUCUGGAAAGGGAACAGGCAAAAGAUAAGCUGCACUUCAAAUCUGGCCAUUUUUAAGAAGGAGCUGUUUCAAGUAGAGCUUCCUGCUCAAAGGGAAGGUGGAACUUAGCUUAUCUUGUCAAUACAUGUGAUGAAAUGUUACAGGUCUACUUCCAGUGUAGUAAGAUGAAAGUAUUUCUUGUAUGUAGUGUUUUAAGCUGGUAGCAACGGCUAGAGCACAACUUCCCAUUUAAUAAACAUUUUUUUCUACA